CUCACACACUGAAAUAGAUUUAUGAUAAUGAGAAGCCUCAAGCAUAAGGGGUAGUAGGAGCCAUUUCAUUAAUUCACGCGAACGGAGUGGAGUUGUAGGUUCGGCGUGUUUGGGUGGUGAGAAGCUUUGGCUAGGUGACUGCGAUUUCUCUCCCGAUUCAAUUGGAUUAGCUACUGUGGAGCAGUGAAAGCAUGGAUACGCUGCAACAAAAGGGAACGAUUAGACGGAAAGUUUAAGGGAAGGCGGCGGUAAUUACGUUCAAUCCUGGUUUAACAUUAUCGAGGAGCAAUGCCCGUCAUUAAGUGGGAUUUGGUGUUUAUUAUUUUCGGCUGGUUUGAAAUAAUUUCACUGUCGGAUUGCUACAGUACACACAUCAGUGAGGAUGCAGAGCCGGGGACGGUGAUAGCAAGUGUGGAACAGAGCGGGGCAUGCACUUUGGAUCAGGUAAUCGCUCCUAAAUUCUCAAAGACCUUUAUUGAAACUGAUGCGUCCGCGCGCAUUGUGUUCAUUUCGGGUAGUUUAAAUUGUGCCUCGCUCAGCUCCAACCCUUUCACCGUGUACACUGUUGUUGACUGCGUGAACAGUGGCCCAGGGUCCAGGCACCUCCUCACGAGCCAGUAUGAUGUGCAUGUUCACGGCAGGAACUGUUCAAGUAAACACAAAAUGAAAUCUCAAUGGGACUUGGAGAUCAUCAGUUUGUUUAAGGCCCAGAAUCAUCAGUUAGAAUGCUACGAGGCUGGUACUGCGCUCCUCCGGGUAUGGGAUCUACUACCCGACUCUCCAACCCACAGCAGUAUGCACUGCAAGGUGACUAGUAGUUCGGACUUCUACUUUUCGGAGGGGCAGUUGUUUGUGUCCAAGACCCUGUGUUUGAAGCACGAUACACUCCUUGAGCUAGACUUACAUUGUAACCAAUACACAGGAGAUGAGAGGGAAGCUAAAGUGAACAGCAUUUCAGUCCACUGGCGGGUGGGUCAAGGUUCCUUCAAGCAGGGCCACUUGGGGAAGUUACUACAGCAGGCUGUCCAGUCUGAGUCGGGCAUAGUGAGCAGGAGGAAGAGGGCUGUCAACAGUAGUCCCCAGUUUCAGCCUCCUAUGUACCAGGUGUCUGUGGCAGAGAAUAAGCCAGCUGGAACUCCUGUAGUUGUUUUAAAGGCAGUAGAUUCUGAUGAGGGGGAGGCAGGCAGGCUGGAGUACUUCAUAGAGGCCCUGUUUGAUAGCCGCUCUAACAACCUAUUUUCUGUGGACCCAGUCAAUGGAGCUGUCUCCACUGUGGAGGUGCUCGAUAGAGAGCAGAAGGACACCCAUGUGUUCCGUGUGAAUGCUGUUGACCACGGCACGCCCCGACGUACGGCCAUGGCCACCCUCACCAUCACAGUGAGUGACACUAAUGACCAUGACCCUGUCUUUGAGCAACAGGACUAUAAGGAGAGGGUCAGGGAGAACCUAGAGAUAGGCUACGAGGUGCUGACCGUCAGGGCCACGGAUGGGGACGCCCCGGUAAAUGGUAACAUCCUCUACCGUGUCCUCAACAGCAACGGCUCCAACGAUGUGUUUGAGAUUGACCCCAGGUCAGGGGUGAUCCGCACAAAUGGCCCGGUGGAUAGAGAGAUGGUGGAGGCCUACAUGCUGUUGGUAGAGGCCAACGACCAGGGUCGCGACCCCAGCCCCCGCAGCGCUACGGCAACAGUUCACAUUAUUGUGGAGGAUGACAAUGAUAAUGCGCCCCAGUUUAGUGAAAAGAGAUAUGUGGUGCAGGUUCCGGAGGAUAUGGCACCCAACACAGAGAUCCUGCAGGUGAUUGCCACAGACCAGGACAGAGGGAGUAACUCCAUGGUUCACUUCAGCAUCAUGAGUGGCAACACCAGGGGCCAGUUCUACAUUGACGCCCAGACAGGCAAGAUGGACCUGGUCAGUCAGUUGGACUACGAGGCUAACAAGGAAUACACCUUACGCAUCCGCGCUCAGGACGGGGGACGCCCGCCUCUCUCCAACAUCAGCGGCCUGGUAACGGUGCAGGUGGUGGAUAUCAAUGAUAACGCCCCCAUUUUCGUCAGCACCCCCUUCCAGGCCACUGUGCUAGAGAACGUGCCGGUGGGUUACUCCAUCAUUCACAUCCAGGCCGUUGACGCAGACUCCGGCGACAACUCCAGGCUGGAGUACUGCCUCAUUGAAACCACGCCCAACUUACCCUUUUCCAUUAACAACAGCAGUGGAUGGAUAGUGGUAGCCGCUGGGCUGGACAGGGAGAGCGUGGACUUCUACAACUUUGGGGUGGAGGCCCGUGAUCAUGGCCACCCGGUGAUGUCCUCCUCAGCUAGCGUUAGCAUGACCAUCCUUGACGUCAACGAUAACAACCCAGAGUUCACCCAGAGAUCAUACUACAUGCGCCUCAAUGAGGAUGCUGUCGUGGGCACAAGCGUGGUGACGGUUUCUGCGGUGGACCAGGAUAUCAACAGUGUGGUGACAUAUCAGAUCUCCAGUGGUAACACCAGAAACAGGUUUUCCAUCACCAGCCAGAGUGGAGGGGGCCUCAUCACCCUGGCCCUGCCCCUCGACUACAAACUGGAGCGCCAAUACGUCCUGAGUGUCACCGCGUCUGACGGCACACGCUUCGAUACCGCCAAGGUGUUCGUCAACGUCACCGACGCCAAUACCCACCGUCCCGUGUUUCAGAGCUCCCAUUACACCGUCAACAUCAAUGAGGACAGACCUGUUGGCACCACCGUUGUGGUGAUCAGUGCUACAGAUGAGGACACCGGGGAGAAUGCACGUAUAACCUACUUUAUGGAUGACAGCAUCCCCCAGUUCGACAUUGACUCAGACACAGGCGCUGUCACCACCCAGAUGGAGCUGGACUAUGAAGACCAGGUGUCCUACACGUUAGCCAUCACGGCCCGGGACAACGGCAUCCCACAGAAGUCUGACACCACCUACCUGGAGAUCCUGGUGAAUGAUGUGAAUGACAACUCUCCUCGGUUCCUCAGAGACCACUACCUAGGCUCUGUGAUGGAGGAUGUGCCAGUGUUUACCAGCGUGGUCCAGGUCUCUGCCACUGACCGAGACUCUGGCCUCAAUGGACGUGUCUUCUAUACUUUCCAGGGGGGAGAGGACGGUGAUGGAGACUUCAUAAUUGAGUCUACCUCUGGUAUUGUGCGAACGCUGCGUCGCCUGGACCGUGAGAACAUGCCUAUCUACAACCUGCAGGCCUUUGCUGUGGAUAAAGGUGUUCCUGCUCUCAAGACGUCCGUGGACAUCCAGGUGACCAUCUUAGACGUGAACGACAACCCUCCCGUGUUUGAGAAAGAUGAGUUUGACAUCUUUGUGGAGGAGAACAGCCCAAUAGGCCUGGUAGUGGCACACAUAUCUGCCUCAGACCCAGACGAGGGGAGCAACGCCCAGAUCAUGUACCAGAUAGUAGAGGGAAACAUCCCAGAGGUGUUCCAGCUGGAUAUCUUCUCAGGCGAACUAACCGUUCUGACAGAUCUCGACUACGAGAUGCAGUCGGAGUAUGUCAUCGUGGUCCAGGCCACCUCCGCCCCACUGGUCAGCCGUGCCACCGUGCACGUCAAGCUGGUUGACAAGAACGACAACGUACCAGUGCUGAAAAAUUUCCAGAUCAUAUUCAAUAACUAUGUCACUGACAAGUCCAGUAGCUUCCCCACAGGGGUGAUCGGGCGGAUCCCUGCCCAUGACCCAGAUGCCUCGGACCAGCUCCAGUACAGCUUUGAGGCUGGUAAUGAGCUGAACCUGGUCAUCCUGAACCAGAGCACCGGGGAGAUACGCCUCAGCCAGGCCCUGAACAACAACAGACCCCUGGAGGCCUCCAUGAGGAUAUCUGUCUCCGAUGGGAUCCACUUCCUGUCGGCCCAGUGUCUGCUCCAGGUCACCAUCAUCACAGACGAAAUGCUCUCCAACAGCAUCACGCUGCGAUUGGCCAACACCUCCCAGGAGCACUUCCUGUCCCAGCUAUUGGCCCAGUUCUUGGAGGGCGUGGCCUGCGUUCUGUCAGCAGACCGCGAGGACGUCGUAGUGUUCAACAUCCAGGAUGACACAGACGUCAGCGCCCGGAUCCUCAAUGUCAGCCUGUCUGUGGCCGUGCCCAGGGAGGGCCCGCGUGGGGGAGGAGAGGGGUCCAGGGGGGACGUACGAGUGGACAGAGGGACAGCAGGGGCCAAUGGAGCGGCAGAGUACUUUGGUUCUGAGGAGCUACAGGAGAGGUUGUACCUGAACCGCAGUCUGCUGGCCCACAUCUCCUCCCAGCAGGUGCUGCCCUUCGAUGACAACAUCUGCCUGAGAGAGCCCUGCGAGAACUACAUGAAGUGUGUGUCCGUGCUGAAGUUUGACAGCCUGGCGCCAUUCGUGGCGUCUGACACCAUCCUUUUCCGACCCAUCCACCCCAUCGCCGGGCUGCGCUGCCGCUGCCCCACCGGCUUCACAGGAGACUACUGCGAGACAGAGAUCGACCUGUGCUACUCCAAACCCUGUGGAACCCACGGCCUGUGUCGCAGCAGAGAGGGAGGCUACACCUGCGAGUGCCUCAAUGACUAUACAGGCAAGUGGUGUGAGCUGUCGUGCCGCUCCGGGCGUUGUGCCCCAGGUGUGUGUAAGAACGGGGGCACCUGUGUGAACCUGCUGGUGGGAGGAUUCAAGUGCGAGUGUCCGUCUGGGAGUUAUGAAAAGCCCUACUGUGAGAUGACCACCAGGAACUUCCCCCUGCAGUCCUUCCUCACCUUCAAGGGCCUCCGCCAGCGCUUCCACUUCACCCUCUCCCUCUCGUUUGCCACGAAGGAGCCAAACGGUUUGUUACUCUACAAUGGCCGCUUCAACGAGAAGCAUGACUUCAUCGGUGUGGAAAUCGUCAACGAGCAGAUACAGCUCACCUUCUCUGCAGGUGAGACCAAGACGACUGUGUCACCCCACAUCCUUGGAGGUGUCAGUGAUGGCCAGUGGCAUGUGGUCCAAGUUUACUACUACAACAAGCCAAUCAUAAACCAGGCCGGCAUGCCCCAGGGUCCUUCUGACCAGAAGGUUGUCGUAGUAACCGUGGACAACUGUGACACCUCAGUGGCGCUGCGAUUUGGUAAUGUGAUCGGGAACUACACCUGCUCUGCCCAGGGCAGCCAAUCAGGAUCCAAAAAGUCUUUAGACCUGACUGGUCCUCUCCUCCUGGGGGGCGUGCCCAAACUGCCUGAGGACUUCCCCAUCCAGAACCGCCAGUUUGUGGGCUGCAUGAAGGACCUGAGGAUCGACAACCGCCACAUCGACAUGGCUAGCUUCAUCGCUAACAACGGCACCCUACCGGGAUGCUCUGCUAAAAGGCACUUCUGCAACAACAACCCGUGUAUGAAUGGAGGGACCUGUGUCAACCUGUGGGGCUCCUUCAGCUGUGACUGCACCCUAGGAUUCGGAGGCCGGAACUGUGAGAAGGGUAAGAGGUUCAGGGAAGUAACAGCAUUGCAGAAGGGUGGAAAGCUUCCUCAUAUGGUUAAAACCUUUGAUCAAAGCCUGCGGGAGGGCAGUGUGGUGAUGGGCCUGCAGAGAGGGGAGGACUCCACCCUGUCCCGGGUAGAGGAGGUGACGGUGAACGACGGAGACUGGCACCAUCUACAGCUGGAGCUGAAGGGUGUCCCGGGGGGCGCGCCCAGACACAAGGCUGUGCUCUCCUUCGACCAUGGACUCUACACGGCCAGUAUGGAAGUGGAUAAUAAGCUGAAGGGGGCGAAGGUCAAGACUCUGAGUGUCGGGGGCAUCAUUGGGGCUGAUGGGAAAAUACAGCAUGGCUUCCGCGGUUGUGUCCAGGGUCUGCUUGUGGGGGAGACCUCCUCCAGCUCGGUGUCUCUCAGCAUGUCUCAGGCCAGGAGGGUGAACAUGGAGCAGGGCUGCAGCGUACCAGACCCCUGUGUCUCUAACCUCUGCCCCUCCAACAGCUACUGCAGAGAUGACUGGGACAGCCACUCCUGUACCUGCCUCACUGGUUACUAUGGCGAUAACUGCAUAGACAUAUGUGCACUAAACCCCUGUGAGCACCAAUCAGCUUGCACCAGGAAGGCUAGCUCCUUCCGUGGCUACACUUGUGACUGUCCCAGCAACCACUUUGGGCAGUACUGCGAGAGAAAGACUGACCUGCCGUGUCCCAGGGGUUGGUGGGGACAUAAGACCUGUGGUCCCUGUGACUGUCAGACAGACAGGGGCUUCGAUGCUGACUGCAACAAGACCAGCGGGGAGUGCCGCUGCAAGGAUAACCACUACCGUCCAGAGGGCAGCGAGGCGUGUCUGCUGUGUGAGUGUUACCCAGUGGGCUCCUUCUCGCGGGCGUGUGAGAGAGAGAGCGGCCAGUGCCAGUGUAAACCAGGGGUCAUUGGGCGCCAGUGUGACCGCUGUGACAACCCAUUUGCUGAGGUGUCGCCCAAUGGCUGUGAAGUGAUCUAUGACAGUUGUCCCCAGGUGAUAGAGGCUGGGAUCUGGUGGCCUAGGACUAAGUUUGGUCUCCCUGCAGCCGUCUCCUGUCCCAAGGGAUCUAUCGGCACAGCUAUCCGCCACUGUGAUGAACACAAGGGAUGGCUGCCCCCCAACCUCUUCAACUGUACCUCUGUCACCUUCACCAAACUCAAGGCCCUGUCGGAGAAGUUGGCGCAUAACAUGUCUCUCCUGGACUCUGGGCGUGUCCAGCAGACUGCAGCCAUGUUGGCCAAUGCCACGCUGCACACGGUGGAAUACUACGGCAGUGACGUAAAGGUGGCCUACCGCCUCACCCAGAGCCUUCUGAAGUACGAGAGCCACCAGCAGGGCUUCAGCCUGACCGCCACACAGGACGUCCUAUUCACUGAGAACCUGGUGCGGGUGGGCAGUGCCAUCCUGUCCCCGGGCACACGGCCACACUGGGAGCUGAUCCAGCAGACGGAGGGGGGCACGGCGGCCCUGCUGCGCCAGUAUGAGGAGUACGCCAACACCCUGGCACAGAACAUGAGAAAGACCUACCUCAGCCCCUUCACCAUCGUCACUCCACACAUAGUCAUCUCAAUAGAUCGCCUCCAGAAGAUGAACUUUCCCGGAGCCAAGCUCCCUCGCUACCAGUCUCUGAGAGGACUGAGGCCUCAGGACCAGGAGACUGCCGUCACCCUCCCCGACUCCGUCUUUGAGCCACCCUUGGAGACCAAAGGACACCGCCACCUGGACACCUUCCCAGAACCCUUCCUGAGGAACCACACGUCCAACAGGAAGAGACGCCAUAGAGGUCCUGACGACCCCGAGCAGGAAGCCAUCGCUAGUGUGAUCAUCUUCCACAGCCUGGCCUCACUUCUGCCUGAGAGCUACGACCCUGAUAAGAGGAGUCUGAGGGUGCCCAAGCGUCCUGUCAUCAACACCCCUGUGGUCAGCAUCACGGUCCAUGACAACGAGGAGCUGCUGCAGCACACCCUGGACAAACCAAUCACUGUGCAGUUCCGCAUGGUCACCGCUGAGGACCGCUCCAAACCCAUCUGUGUCUUCUGGAACCACUCCAUACUAGCGGGGAACGGAGGCUGGUCAGCUAAAGGCUGUGAGGUGGUGUUCAGGAACAACACUCACAUCAGCUGCCAGUGUUACCACAUGACCAGCUUUGCUGUCCUCAUGGAUGUCUCCAGGAGAGAGAACGGUGAGAUCCUGCCCGUGAAGCUGGUGACGUGGAGCACGGUGGGUGUGACCCUGGUCUUCCUCUUUCUCACCACCCUCUUCCUCCUCUGCCUGCGGGCCAUGCACUGCAACAAGACCAGUAUCAUCAACAAUGGAGCCACCGCCCUCUUCAUCUCCGAACUCACCUUCAUCCUGGGCAUUAACCUGCCAGACAACCCGUUCGUGUGCACAAUCAUUGCCAUCUUGCUGCAUUUCUUCUACCUGUGCACCUUCUCCUGGCUCUUCCUGGAGGGCCUGCAUGUCUACCGCAUGCUGAGCGAAAUACGAGACAUCAACUACGGACCCAUGCGCUUUUACUACAUGAUCGGCUGGGGCGUGCCGGCCGUUAUCACAGGCCUGGCGGUCGGACUGGACCCAGAGGGUUAUGGGAACCCAGACUUCUGCUGGCUGUCCAUGUACGACACUCUGAUCUGGAGCUUGGCAGGGCCCAUCGCCAUGGUGGUGUUUAUGAACAUCUUCCUGUACAUCCUGGCCUCCAGAGCAUCCUGCUCCAUGAGACACCACAGCUUUGAGAAGAAAGAGCCCCCUGUGUGAGUGUCCUGCCGCUGCCUGAAUAAAAACAAUAGGGAAACUACACUCAUUCUGUCAUUAACACAGGCAUGCUGUUGUACCCCAAGGAUACAUGACUACCGCACUUUAGGGACAACGGAGAGUGUGCAUUGUGUCAUUGAAUUGAGAGUGAAGCUGCCAAUUCACUAAACUCUAAAAACGCACUUAUCCCAAUGUAACCUUUGUGGUGUUCUCAUUUAACCUGUGUGUGUGUGUGU